AUGGAUUGCAUUAACAAAGGUGGCGAGAGUGCCGAAGACUCUGGCCACGAGGGUGCCGAAGAUUCUGGUCAUGAGGGUGCCAAAGACUAUGGUGACAAGGGUGCCAAAGACGGUGAUAAGACUCUCCUAUACAUUGUCAACGAGCAGGCUAUUUUCUCAUUCAAGUACUUCAGAGAUGUCCACUAUGCAUUCUUGAUGGUAGGAGGGUUCUUCACAUUGUUGAAGUAUAAAAGGCCGGUGGAACUUACGCCAUAUAAGGGAAAGGACAAAGAGAGGGCAAUAUUGCAUAGCGACCAAGAGACACCACGAUCAGUCUUGUAA